UGAUCACUGUUCCAAUGAUAACUUCGAACAGCAUCUUGAGCGGCAUCUCGGAAAAGUUACAACUUAUAACUUCUUCUCCUUCAGCUAAUGAAGAUUUUGUGUUAUUCAAAAAUUGGGACUGUUGUUUUUGCCUUUCUCAUAUAAAAAGGCUAAGCAAUAACUGUAAAAAUCGACUCAGCUCAUCGAGCUGAAUUGGUAUAUGACACUCGACGCUCCGGUGCGAUUUCUAUAGCUCAUUUUUAUGCUUAUAAAAAAAUAGAAAUUGAAAUGUUCGAGAUUACAAUUUUAGAUAUUUUAGCCACCCUCUAGUUUUUUCCGAUCCGAUAAGCGAAUGACGGACAAUUUCAAUUCUGCCACGCAAACAACCGAAAUCUCACUCGUUCGAAAUCUCACUGCCAAUCAAUAAUUGUUUUAGAACUAGAUUUGAUCCGAACUACAAAACCUUUCAUAUUCCUAUCGGAACCUGUGCAAAACUAGAACACGAAUGACGUCUGAUAAAACCCACCCUCACCGGAGGGAUGACGGAAGCGUGAGUGCAAAAUCCUCGGACAGCUGCAGAAACGCUAUCAUCAUCAGCUCGGCUCAAAAUGACAACAAUAAAAACAAACUUCCGCCGAAGCCGGACCAGCUCUGUGGCAGAGCCAACAACAAUUGCAAUAAUAAACCUAAUCGAAACAAUAAUUGCCUUAGCGGUGGCGAGCCCGGCGUCAGACUAGGUGGUCGCAAAAUGUUGCAUCGACGCCGGGUGGCUGCGGUUCCGCAAAUUAAAAUCGUUAUUGAUGAUGAUACCGAACAGUCGAACCGUUGUCGAACGAAUGCGAAAUGUGGUCACCGGAGUGCGGUUAAGUGUGAACGCCGGAUCGCUGAGGUUUCUUCGUCCAGCCUACUGACUCCCAGCAGUCCGCCGGCGACGUUUUGGGGCUUCGGGUAUGGUAAUGGAAACAGUGGUAGUACCCCUCGGGCGACUGUGGUAGCAGAAAGCAGAUCAGCACACGAAAGUUAUGUAGUGGAUUAUGAACUCGAUGAAAUGUUGUCCAAUCUAAAUGGUGGCAAUGAGGAUGACAACAGUGAGCCGUAUGAGGAUCAUCAUCAUCAUCAUCAGGGUCAUCGUCAUUGUCACCGGCACCAUCGACGACGAAUGUUGCACUACGAAUUGGUGGACGACGACGACGACGACGACGACAAUGAGGACGAUGACGAUAAUGAUGCUGAUAAUAAUGAUGGUGGUGAUGACGACUUUGGCCACCGCAGGUUUGUAAUAUUAUUUUACUUCAGGGCCAAUCGAUGUUUCUAACUAAAGCGGUACGUUGAUGCUAAACUUUCUAGUGAAAUCGAUAAAAUCGAAUGAAGCAUAGAAUUAACUCUAAUCUAACUCAAAAAUUCAGGUUUGCAGUUUAAUGACUCAAAAGAGACAAUUAAAAUUUGUUUCUGAAAUAAAUAAGCAACAAAACUCGGCAAGCGAACACCGUCACUAAAACCGUCGGACCAUACAGGGUCAGGCCCGUUGUUCACCACACGACACACAUCGUAAUAGGUACACGGGGAAAGUAAUAAUGUUCCACCGGAACCGUUGCAUGGUACGAAAUGUAUGAGGAUAGACCAAUUUGAAAUCCUCGUAAAAUUAUGAGCAAGCUAGGCUCAACCUAGAAACCCUUCUGGUUUACCACAUAAUAAACGUAGCACAGGACCUAUUCCCGUGCGUUUGAAGCGUUCGUCCGGUCGUUCUACUGGGAAAAUAUACUCGAUCCGUUGAUUUAGCGAUACAACUACUAAUUGAUUGGCCGUAAAAUUGUGUUUACUUCCUUAGCUUCCUAGCGGU